AUGACUGCUGUGCGUCGUUCGACUAGAAUUAGAACCAAAUCUCAGGUUACAGAGGAGGAAAGCUCCGAUGACGAGCAAGACGCAAGUGUGCAACAUAUAGAAACUGAUGAGGCCACUGCCGCUGUGCAGCGUGAUGUUGAAGAAGAAGAGAACAGUGAUAGCGAGAGCAGUAGUGAGGACGACUUUGAAGAUCAGGACGAUGAUGACUACGUAGAUGCUGCUGCCGCAAAGAGAAAACCUAGAAAGAGAAAACCCAAGUCAACAUCAAAUACCAGUAGUAAAAGACAGAAAAAGAAACCGAGUUCCAGUGAGAGAUCUGCUGCAUCUCACGCCCCAAGUGGCCACCGCUCCAAAAAAGACCAGGAGCAGUACCUGGAAGUUGUCAGAGAUUUCCAGCCUACAGAGCUGUUUGAGAUCAUAUCUACUUCAGAAGACGUUUCCAUCGAAGAACUACUACGAGAAUGGCUAGAGACUUACACUGAAAAUAGAGAUCGGUUUUUGCAGGAGUUCAUCAAUCUUCUGCUAAACUGUUGUGGCUCUGUUGCCCGUGUAGAGGACCAUGAUGUUCAUAGUAACGAAUCUUCUAACGAAACCGUAGGUGAAAUUCAAUUGCUUUUCCAAAGACAAAAACUACACGAGUUUUAUCUUCUGAUAAGUAAGGACAACAGAAAACGGAAAAAUUUCAAAAUGGGACCUCUCUAUCAAAAUUUUGUGGAGCUGAUGACUAAAUUACUCGAAGUUGCAAAUGACCUACAGCUGCUCUACGUUGAGUCGGAUGAAGACGACACUCAAAUAGUCACGGGCAACCUGGUCCUGGAUUUACUGACUUGGCUGUCCUCAUUCUCUGUCUGUAAGAUCAGAUGCUUUAGAUACAUUUCAACACUAACAUUAUUUCUUUUCCAAGACUACUUGACUGAACAAGCUGUAAACUUGGAGAAGAAUUACUUAGCCAAAUUGACUAGACAGUUGUCACUAGAAGAAAAGAAAAAAAGGCCCAAUAAGAAAACUUUAGAAAAGCUCGAAAGCACCAUUGCUGAAACUCAAGGUAGUAAAGUUGUCAUUGAAGGUGUUAUUGAUAAUAUUGUGAAGUUGUGUUUCGUGCACAGGUACAAGGACAUAUCCGAUUCAAUUCGUUCUGAGUCCAUGUUGCACUUAUCGAUCUGGAUUAAAAACUAUCCAGAAUAUUUCCUCAAGGUCACAUUUUUGAAAUAUUUUGGCUGGCUACUCAGCGAUAAUUCCGUCUCUGUCAGGUUACAAGUUGCCAAGAUUCUUCCACAUUUGAUCAUCCAAAAUCAUAACAGCAAAUCCAGUGAUAAUUCCGCGAUCCGCCAAGUCUUUGAAAGGUUUAAAUCUAAGAUCCUGGAGGUCGCCAUCCAUGACGUCAAUCUUGAUGUCAGAAUUCAUAGUGUUCAAAUUCUAACUGAAGCGUCAUCACUGGGCUAUUUGGAUGAUUUUGAGAUUCUAAUGAUUUCUAGCUUAAUGUUUGAUGAAGAAUUCGACCCCUUCAAAACAUCCUCAUUCAAUAAAAGGUCCAAAUUUUUAUCUACUGUAGCCAAGUUCUUAGCAAGAGUAAUAAGCGAAAAACAUGAGGAAUUCACCAAGACCCAUGAAGAGUUGCCUGAAGAAGUCGAUGGAUUAGCUGUUGCUCCAGUCGUGCAAGUUGGGAUCUUUAUCAAGAUCUUGAGCAACUCCUUGAUUUAUCAUUUAAAAGAUUCGGCGGAAGUUGAUUCAAAAACUAAGAUUCGUAUGCUAACGCAGGCCGCCGAGUUUUUAUCUCCAUACAUUUCAUCACACUUGAAAACUAUCUGUGAUCUUUUGAUCUCGGAUACUGAAUCGAACGAAUUGAUCCAGACACUACAAAACUCGACUGACAAUAACAACGAUGACGACGAGGAAGAUGGUCAAGAACUAGACAUCACUCCGCUGUUUCCCAUUGACAGAAACAGCACUAUAUUAUAUCUUAACGUAUUCAAUGGGUUGUGUACGGGUGCGAAUAACCCAAAGAUUCAAACCAAAGGCAAUGUUCGGGAAAUAGUGUUACCUUUAUUCCAUAACUUAUUGAACACAACAUCAAUUGAAUCCGCUGAUAUCCUAUGCCCGCUUCUGGAGAGUUUUAUUACAUUUUCUUUGGAUGAUUGGAUAUCCAUUGGCUAUGAAACAGAAUUGAAAAAAAUUACCGACAAAAUCAUCAAAGUAUUUAUGGAUUCAACAAUUGGCGACUCAAAAGUCGAUUUGAAAUAUGACAUUUUUGCUAAAUUUAUUCAUCACAUCCAUCAUUUUGAGAAAAAGGAACUAGAAGAAAAACUAUUGAAUCAAAUAAGCACACUGGAUGUUCAUUUAAAGAAAUUCUUACGGGAAAAGAUGGAUCCCAACAAUUCUAGAGAUGAUUAUAAUGAUUUGACCUGUUCUUUAUACGAACUCUACAUCAAUAAAUUGACCAUCCUUGGGAGGGAGUAUCCAAUUGAAGUUGAUGAAGAGUUAUUACAACUAUUGCUGAACAAUUUUGUCUCACGUAUCCCUAUAAUGUUCCAAGAUUUCGAUGACAGCACCAACCAAGAAAUAAACUUCAAAAUAUUAGUGCUGUUAGCUACAUGGAAUUUAGAAAAAUGGAGGGGCAUAAUAGAAAAUGUAAAGGAUCACGAGGCUUCGACUCCAAAAAACCUCAAAUCAAUUUGGAAACCUAUAGCUGCUAUAAUAGGUCGUUUAAAUACACUAGUUAUUUCCUUGGCGGCUAUACCCGAAAAUGCUGAAAAUAUAAGCAACUUACUUUAUCUAAAAUGGUCAGCUUGCACCUCGUUAGUGGACAUCAUCGUUGCUGUGAAAGUUUUCGAGUUAAAAUUACCUACAGACGCUACAUCAUGGAAAUAUAGUAUGAGUGAACAGUUCCCAUAUUACCUUCAUGACAGUGCGUCAAAAGUCCUUUUGCAAGUGUUUUUAUAUUUAGAGAGUCUUUUCGCUAAACAGCUUGACGUCCAAUUAGACAGAGUGGCCGAUGAAGACGCCAAUCUGAAUGAUUUGCCAGAAACCGGUUUUUUCAACGAUAUCGAAACCCAAUUCCUUUUGUUCACGGUCAAACUGAUGGGGCUGAUGAAAUUAAAUAUUUUGGAUGGACAACUUGCUUCUCGUAUGGCAUUGAAUAAGGAAAAACUUGGCUCACUAUUCAACAAAAUAUUGGAUGAUACCAUGACAGAAGGUUCGGAACCUAAUAAGAAGAACAUACAGAAGACGAAACCAAUUCAAAUGCAAAGGGGAAGGGAGAUUUCUCCACAAUCAAACAAUGAAAGGGAACCGAAUCAUGCGAAUAUUGAAGAGAAUAAUUCAGAUAUUCCCAUGACAGAUGACCUAGAACCUAUUGAAGAAAGUUCACAAGGCAAUCAAGAAUUAGCACCGAUUGAGGAACAUCCUACCAUGGUAGAUUCUAUAGAUGACAGCGAUGCUAUCACUCAAGAUUGA